AUGGAUGAACAUAUACAAAGAGGACAUACUAUAUAUGAUGAACUGAUACAUAUAUUUGAUACUCAUAGUAAUAUUAAUGAACUUGGAUUGAUUGUAUCAGUUGAGAAGUUCACUGCAAAGAAUGCUGCUGCUUCAUCAUCGACACCAUCACAGUCAAUGGAGAUAUCACCAUCACAAUCAUUCAUAGUGGUUGAGAAUAACUUGGGCGUGUCAGUUGGAUCGGUACCUCCAUUGUAUCACUACUGCUUUGUGACAUUCAAUACAUUGUUGGACAACUGCAAACUGCGCAAUUGUAAUGAUAUCACUGAUGAGCAGUUUGCCCAACAGAUACGCGACUAUAAUGAUGGGCCAUUGCUCGACACAUUGAACAAGCUCACCAAGGUCAUACUAAUGGUCAAUGCCGAGAAUUUGACCGCACUCAAUCUUCGCAAGCGACUGAUCACUGCUGGUCUCAACACACAUAUCGACGAGAUCAAGCUGCUCAACUUUAUAUUCACCAAACAUCCAAAGAGUGGCGAGGCAUGGUGUCAUCGCCGAUGGGUACUUCACAACUCCAAAGGUGUUGCCAUGGACAUUGCCUCAGAGAUGGCCGUCUGUCGUCGCGUCGCAGAGAUCUAUCCCAAGAACUACUAUGCAUGGACACAUAGAUGGUGGUGUCUACAACAACAGAUGACUGUUAAGAAUUUGCUGGAUGAUUUGAAGAUGAUGGAUCAAUGGUCAAUGAGGAAUAUAUCGGACUAUUGUGGAUUCAAUCAUCGAUCACUCAUAUUAAGACAACUGUACAAUGAUGUUAGGAAUGGUGGACAAUGCGAUUGGCAGUCACUGCUGGAUCUCUGGCUGCGAGAGUUCAAGAUGAUUGAUACUUUCAUCGUAAAGUAUCCAGGACACGAGACACUCUGGUCUCACAAGCGAUUGUUGAUCGGUGUGUGGAUGUCAGAGAUACUGCCCAACAGCAGGGAACAGUUGGUCAAAUGCCAGCUGUUGUCUGGUUUGGCAUUCCCAACGAUGAUCAGUCAGCUGGAGUACUGUCAAGGCAUCAUCGGUGACACAGCAUCAUCGUACUACACUGAGCAAAAGACAUUUGCUCAGCGCUUUGCAUUCUGGAUCCUUCAACUCAGCAUCAAACUGACGACAAGUAGUGGCAAUCCAGUACAUCUCGACGAGCACGUGAUACCUAAUGAGGUGCGACAAAUGGUCAUCAACGAACUUAUGCAAUCCAAUGAUCCAUUCCCUCCCAUUCUAGUCUUGAAACAACAGCUGCAGCAACAACCACAACAGCACGCUCAAUAA